AUGGAGGAAGGCAAGCAGAGUGCAGCAGAUGCACUGACAAGAACAGCAUCAGAAUCAACAUUGACCGUUCCUGCUCCAGUUCCCAAGAAACAAGUUCCACUUUGGCGAAGAAUAUGGGACGAUAGCUGGUUCCUAUGCGGCUUUGCGCUUGUUAUCGUUGUUGGCCAUCUGGCGCCGAAUGUAGCACGGAGAGGAGGUGUAUUGCGGACAGAGUACACCUUCAGCUAUGGAGCCCUCGCUCUCAUCUUCCUCAUCUCGGGCCUUACAAUGCCGACGGCGCUGCUCUUUGCAAAUCUCAAGCGGAUACGAUUGCAUGUGAUUACACAGAGCAUGAGCUUCCUCAUUGCGCCGGCCAUCGCGUUGGCCAUUGUUCAAUGUAUUCGUGCGUCAGGGACAACGCAAAUACCAACACUGGUCCUUGCCGGCUUCAUGAUUAUGAUUUGCACGCCCACAACGGUCGCGAGCAAUGUGACUUUUACGCGCGCGUCUGGGGGAGAUGACGCUGCUGCCCUCAUUGAGGUGACCAUCGGCAACCUCUUUGGCAUCUUCAUCUCCCCUGCGCUUGUGCAACUCUUCCUGCGCGAUUCUCUCGGGCUGGGCAUCGCAAAGCCCAAGGGCGAUGUGACACAGCUAUAUCUCGAGCUCAUCAAGCAUUUUGGGCUGGCCCUCUACCUGCCUCUUGUCGUUGGUCAAGUGAUCCAAAAUAUCUAUCCAGGACCUGUGAAGAAGGUGAGCAACGCUCUCAGACUUACAAAGUGGGCGAGCGUAUGCCUGCUGCUUCUCUGUUGGAUGUCCUUUUCAGAUGCAUUUUACCAUGGUGCCUUCAAGGCACUGCCAGCAGCCAGUCUCAUCACCAUCGUUUUUGUCAAUUUGGGCCUCUACCCAUUUCUGACACUCAUCUGCUUCUUGGCGUGCAGGCCGCCAUAUUUGAGAAAGUGGCAUCUCGAUAGGAGAGCAACAACGGCCGUUUGCUUCUGCGGUCCGCCAAAGAGCAUCACCGUUGGCAUUGUCCUGCUGCAGGUACAGUUUGCUGGCUUCUCGCCUAUCGAGCAAGCCAUCUUCACCAUCCCACUCAGCUUAUAUCAAGGUCAGCAAUUAGCCCUUGCGCAGGUCUUUGUUUUGGCCUUUCGUCGCUGGAAUAGAGGGGCAGACAAGGACAAGAAAGGGAGUCGAGUAACGUCUAUGUAA